GUCUGCCCCAUUCCGUGCGGAGGCGCUUUCCCGAGGCUGGGAGAGGCACAGGGCGCGCCGGGACUCCACCAGACACUGGCACUCUGGUGUCCCCAAAUGGUUUCUGGACAGAGUCCAGAUGGGCAUACCUCCCACCUGCACCCGUACUCUUUACCCGCGCCCUCCCGCCCCACUCCUUCCACGUCGGGGGUCCCCACUCCCGCCCCCAGACUCCCCUUUCUUCCCAGAACCGCAGCCCAGGCGCGCCCCGCCCUGCGCCCCAGAGUCCCAGAGGCCGGCUCCGCCCUGGUGGGCCCCGGUCCAGUGGGCCCGGCGCGAGGAGCUAUAAAGUGGCGGGCGCUCUGCACGCGGCACCCCGGAGCCCCAGCUUCUGCUUGCAGACCUGGUCCCCCAUACCCGCGCCACGACUUUGCCACGGCCAGCAGCGCUGCCAAUCAAGGCACCACGGGAGCCCUUGCUGCCAGAAGAGCACUGAUCGUCCUGGCCCACGCAGAGAAGACAUCCUUCAACUAUGCCAUGAAGGAGGCUGCGGUGGAGGCCUUGAAGAGGAAAGGAUGGGAGGUCACUGUGUCGGACCUAUACGCUAUGAACUUCAAUCCCGUCAUCUCCAGAAAGGACAUCACAGGCACACUGAAGGACCCAGGGAACUUUCAGUAUCCUGCCGAAUCUGUUCUAGCUUAUAAGGAAGGCCGUCUGAGCCCGGAUAUUGUGGCGGAACAAAAGAAGCUGGAAGCCGCGGACCUUGUGAUUUUUCAGUUCCCACUGCAGUGGUUUGGAGUCCCUGCCAUCCUGAAAGGCUGGUUUGAGCGAGUUCUCAUAGGGGAAUUUGCUUACACAUAUGCUGCCAUGUAUGACAAGGGACCUUUCCGGAAUAAGAAGACCGUGCUUUCCAUCACCACUGGUGGCAGCGGCUCCAUGUACUCUCUGCAGGGUAUCCACGGAGACAUGAAUAUCAUUCUCUGGCCAAUUCAGAGUGGCACUCUCCAUUUCUGUGGCUUCCAAGUCUUGGAACCUCAACUGACCUACAGCAUUGGGCACACUCCUAUGGAUGCCCGAAUUCAGAUCUUGGAAGGAUGGAAGAAACGCCUGGAGAAUAUCUGGGAUGAGACUCCAUUGUAUUUUGCUCCAAGUAGCCUCUUUGACUUAAACUUCCAGGCAGGAUUCUUAAUGAAAAAGGAAGUGCAGGAUGAGCAGAAAAAUGAAACAUUCGGCCUUUCUGUGGGCCAUCAUUUGGGCAAGUCCAUCCCAACUGACAACCAGAUCAAAGCCAGAAAAUGAGACUCACAAGACUUGGUUUCCUUCUAAAAUGUAGCAAAAUUGAGGUUUCUUAUUCAGACUUCCUUGACUUGCUUUAGUCUUUAAGGUGGGUUUCUUUUUCCACAGGGAAUGAAUCGGGGACAGAAUAGACUGUAUUAAUAUAUUUUUGGUUAGUUUUCUUUCUGAUUCUUAUGAUUGCUAUCUUGGCAAAAUCUGAUUAGGCUCAAGAGGCCACUUAGGUUAUAAAGCAGGGCAAGGAGUAGAAAGAUGCCAGACAAUAAUCUUUAUGGUCCUCUACACGAUUUAAUUCCUCUUAUUAGGGAUACAUUUUUAGGGUCUAAUGUGGCAAGGCAAAAAUCUAACUCUUCAAUGAUAUAUUUUUCUUUUAAUCACCUCUCUGUGGCUUAUGGCAGAAGGGAAUUGCUCAGAGAAAGAAAUGACUGAAUCUGUCUGACCCAAGGGACUUGUUUAGUAGUUAAGUAAUUUAUGCUUGUUUAUGGUAUUGGUUUUAAUUACUGCACAGUGACUAAUAUGCCUAAUGUUUUACUCAUGCUUCAACCUCUGUUGUAUGUAUACAGUACCUACAGAUACCUUCAAGUAAAAGAUAAUAGAAGUCUCUUUUUUA